AAUAGUCGUCUCAAAUGGACCCAUCGGAGAUCUUCUCUGCCCCCACUUCAGCUCCUCAGCUCCAAGUCCUCCGCUGCGAUCAAUCAUCGAGCCCUAGACUCGGGAACCAAUGGAACUCAGACCGGGCCUAUCUGCUCUCGUCACAGGCGGCGCCUCUGGAAUUGGUAAAGCUCUUAGUUUGGCGCUUGCGGAGAAGGGAGUUUUUGUUACAAUUGUUGAUUUCUCUGAAGAGAGGGGAAAGGAAGUGUUAGCCCUUGUUGAAAAGGAGAUUGCCAAGGUCCAUCCAAAGUUGGAAUUUCCAUCUGCUAUGUUUGUAAGAUGUGAUGUGACCAACAAAAGAGAACUGUCUGCUGCUUUUGAAACACAUUUGGCAACAUAUGGGGGGCUGGAUAUCUGUAUUAACAGUGCUGGUAUUGCAAAUCCCGUGCCGUUCUACAAUGAUCAAAGUGAUGGUUCUCGUUCAUGGAGAUACACUAUGGAUGUGAACCUCAUUGCAGUUAUUGAAUGCACACGACUUGCGGUUCAAUCUAUGCAAGCUGCACAAAAGCCUGGCGUAAUCAUAAACAUGGGUUCUGCUGCGGGACUUUAUCCAAUGCCUGGAGAUCCUAUCUACUCUGCCUCCAAAGGGGGAGUUGUUUUAUUUACCAGAUCACUUGUUCCGUACAAGAAACAAGGAAUUCGCGUAAAUGUGCUUUGUCCUGAGUUUGUUCAAACAGAGUUGAGUUCAAAAGUGACUCCUCGACAUAUUGGGUUAAUGGGGGGCUUCAUGUCCAUGGAAAUGGUGGUAAAAGGUGCUUUUGAGCUUAUCAGGGAUGAGAGUAAAGCUGGGUCUUGCUUGUGGAUUACUAAACGAAGGGGCAUGGAGUAUUGGCCUACUCCUAUGGAAGAAGCAAAAUACUUGGUAGCAUCUUCAAAAUUGAGAAGAAGUUCAUCGUUUAAGGCCAUAUCGAAUUUCCAAGUACCUCAGAGCUUUGAGAAAAUAGUUGUUCACACCCUGAGUCACAAUUUCCGUAGCGCUAUCAACAUAGUGCGUACACCAUUGAAGUUACCAAUCAAACCAGAUCAUGUACUUGUGAAGAUCAUUUAUGCUGGUGUUAAUGCCAGUGAUGUUAAUUUUAGCUCGGGACGCUAUUUUAGUGGCAACAACAAUGACCUUGACUCCCGUCUUCCUUUUGAUGCAGGCUUUGAGGCUGUUGGAAUAAUUGCUGCAGUAGGUGAUUCUGUUAAAAACUUAAAAGUGGGCACUCCUGCUGCACUCAUGACUUUUGGGAGUUAUGCAGAAUUCACGAUGGUUCCCUCAAAGCACAUCCUUCCUGUGCCAAGACCUGACCCAGAAGUUGUUGCCAUGCUUACUUCUGGCCUAACAGCAUCAAUAGCUCUAGAAAAGGCUGCACAGAUGGAUUCUGGAAAAGUCGUCCUUGUAACUGCUGCUGCAGGUGGGACCGGACAGUUUGCAGUCCAGCUUGCAAAAUUAGCUGGAAAUACAGUGAUUGCAACUUGUGGAGGCAAAGAAAAGGCUAUGCUUUUGAGAGAUUUGGGUGUUGAUCGUGUCAUUGACUAUAAAGCAGAAGAUAUUAAAACUGUUCUAAAGGAGGAGUUCUCAAAAGGUGUUGAUAUUGUCUACGAGUCUGUAGGUGGUGCAAUGUUUGAUCUGUGCUUGAAUGCGCUGGCCGUCUAUGGACGACUGGUUGUGAUUGGAAUGAUUUCUCAGUAUCAAGGAGAGCAUGGAUGGAAGCCUUUAAAUUACACUGGACUAUGUGAAAAGAUUCUAGCUAAAAGCCAAACUGUGGCUGGUUUCUUCUUGGUACAGUACAGUUCCCUGUGGCAAGAACAUCUAGACAAGCUUUUCCAUCUUUACUCCUUAGGAAAGCUCAAGGUUGCCUUGGACCCAAGAAAAUUUUUGGGCCUUCAUUCCGUAGCAGAUGCAGUCGAGUAUCUUCAUUCUGGAAAAAGUGUGGGCAAGGUGGUGGUUUGCGUUGACCCGACUUUCAGUCAGCAAGUGGCAAAGUUGUGAGCUCGUGCUUUUUGUGCGUUUUUUCCAGCAUGAUUCUCAUUUCCAUCAAACUUUGAACAAAGUUGUUACCAUAGAAUAAAGAUGUUUUUGGUUUUUGCCCUUUGUGAAUCUGGGUUGAAUGCAAGUAAUGCCAUCAGAACUAAGGAAAGAGGGGAAAUCCCGUGAUUUGCCCCUUCUUCGUCCUAUACUAAUGUUAAUUGAUGCUUUUUAAAAUAUAAAUUAGCAUUAUACU